AUGAGGAGCAUUCAAACAAGACUUCAAGAUACGCAGAGUACACAAAAGAAGUAUGUGAAUCACAAGGUGAGAGACGUGGAAUUACAAACGAGCGAGAAUAUUCUUCUCAAGGUAUUACCCAUGAAUGGAGUGAUGAGAUUUUGUAAGAGGGGUAAGUUGAGUUCUUCCUAUAUUGGUCCAUUUGAUAUUCUUGAGCGUGUAGGACUGGUUUUGUAUAGAUCGACGCUACCUCAUAAUUUAUCCAGCGUACAUCCUGUAUUUCAUGUGUCUAUAUUGAGGAGAUAUCACAAUGAUGGCGACUAUGUCAUUAAGUGGAACUCAAUAGUGCUACAUAAUGACCUCCAGUAUGAAGAGGAACCAAUUUCUAUUCUUGAUCUUGAUGUUCGGAAAAAGAGAACCAAAGAUAUGAAGUCUGUGAAAGUCCAAUGGAACUGUCGUCCAGUUGAGGAAGCUACUCGGGAGACCGAGAAGUAUAUGCAAGAUAAGUAUCCAUAA